GCUAAUUUCUGGGUCCGCCACUGUGGGCUUGCCCAUCUAGGAAGCGUGAUGAUUAUGUUCUAUAUUGUCAUCCAAAAGUACAAAAGAUGCCCAAGUCUGACAAGCUUCGAAGCUGGUACCAUAACUUGAUCAAGAAGGCUGUUAAGGAGGGCAUUGUUGUGGAGCGUAAUACACUCUCUGACUUCUUCCUUCAGCCUAAAAAUGAGUGCAAGGCCAAUUUUUCAGCAGCAUGCUUGCCAUAUUGCGAAAACGAUUUCUGGCCUGGAGAAGCAGAGAGGCUCCUUGAGAAAGACGAUAACACUAAACAGAAAAAAAAGGCACAGGUAGGAAGGCUCUUGCGUGUUGCCAAACGCUACGACAGAAAAGGAAACCCUAAGGAUAUUUUUCUUGUGCACAAGCUUGGCGAAAGGAUGCGCAACAUGGAUGAAGAUUUCAUUAUGCUUUGUCUGCAACAGUUGUGCAAGCACUGUCACCAGCCUAUCGUAUCUGGCAAAAGUUGGGUUUGCACUAGCUGUAAAAAUUUCCAUCUUUGUGCUAAGUGCCAUGCGGAGGAGCAGAAUACGGCACAAAAGUACAGGCAUCCAGCCACCAGAAAACAGAACCAUGCACAUGCAUUUCAAAGUAUGGAGGUAGAACCUCUUCCUCCGGAGACUGACGAUGGAGAUCCGACAAUGGAAAGCAAGUAUUUUGACAGCAGGGUGGAUUUCUUGAAGCAUUGCCAAGACAACCAGUUCCAGUUCGAUACGCUCCGGCGGGCAAAGCACUCUACGAUGAUGAUUCUGUAUUAUCUACACAGUUCGACCUGCUCCGCUUGCCACCGUGGUGUGGAUCAAUGCUUGGUGUGGCGGUGCCUAGAGUGCAUGGGCUGCACCUUUUGUGAUCGAUGCUAUAAACAAGACGGUCCAAUAAGUUUGCAUAGCCAUGAAUUGAGGCAGGUUCACACUAGAGAAACCUCGCAGCAGCACACUCAACAGGAUUACGUUGACGGCCUUGUGCAUGCAUCGAGGUGCUGCGAUCCACGUAACUGCGCUAGUCCGGUUUGCUUAACCCUGAAGAAACUGUUCUUCCAUGGUGUACAAUGUGGUACCCGUGUCCGCAACCGGACUGGUUGCACUAUGUGUCUCUUCAUGUGGAAACUUGUGCUCUGCCACUCAAGAGAUUGCGACGACGACGUGGACUGUCCGGUUCCCAGAUGCAGGGACAUGAAGGCAUACAUAGCUGAGAAGCUUGUUGGUCCUGUCUCGUAGCGAGCAGGCCAUCUGGUCAGAAGCCGUCUUCUUGUAUAAUCUACUACUGGAUUUCUGUCUGGUUUCCUCCAUUGUCACUGAUGGGAUUAGUUACCAACGGAAGCUUACAUAGACAAUCUGACAUUGGUUUUUUUUAGUGUCCGUACAUACAGUGUACAUAGAAUCUGUCCUCUGCGGCUCAUAGAUGUACAAAAAGAAAUACGCGGUUUGGUUUAAUUUUAUAUAUAUUGUCAAAGUUUUGUUC